UUCGGGGCCCCCGGCCCUUGCUCGCGCUCGGCCUCCCGCCCGGCGGGGCCGCAGCUGGGCGGCCGCUUACCUGGGGCGCCCGGGCCGGGGGCGCCGGGCGGGCGCGAGGCGGCGGUGGGUGGGUGUGGCGGCCCGGCUCGCGGUGUCGGGGCUUGCGGCCGCCCGCGCCGGCCCCGCCGCUCCCGCCGCUGGCCGCGCCCGCAGCUCUGGCCUCGGCGUCCGCGUCGGGCCGGGCCCGGCCUCGGGGGCACCGGCUCCGGGCGGCCGGCUCCGCUCCGGGGACCCCGCGCCCCGCGCUGCCGAGAGCGGGGGUGGGGGGACGCGGGCGGGCGCGGGGAGCGCGGGCGCGCGCGCGCGGGGAGGGGCGCGCCGUCCCCGGAGCCCGGCGGAUGCCCGCUCCUCCCGCCGCCGCUCCUCCCGCCGCCGCUCCUCCCGCCGCUCGGUCUCCCACUUGUCCGGGCCCAAGGCCGGAAGCCCGCCGGGAAAGCCCCUGGGAGCGGGAGCCCGGCCGCAGGUGGACGCCGGGCUCAGGAUGCCCUCUUCACUGUACGCGGGCCGGGGCCAUCUGUCCGGGAGAGCCGGGAGCCCUGUCGUCCCCCAGGUCCGCGCCCCUCCCCGCCACCUCCGCAGCCUGUCUGAGGGCCGACCCCGGGGUGCCUUGGUGGCCCCUCGCUCAGGGAGUUAGGACAGUGGCUUGUCUCCUCCUAAAAUGUUCCCGGGGACUUCAGUGUGCAGGGAGGAUCAACUUGCUUCAGGCUGACCGGAAGAGAUGGAGCAGAUAAUAGACAAAUAGCUUGAUACUCCAACAAGAUACAAGAUAGAUGGGAGAAAGAGGAGCGAGCUGGCAGCGGCAGGCAGCUCGGGACAGAUAAGAUCGACAAACAGGGAGCAUCUAAGCAAACACGGAGCGGGGGAGGAGCCCCACAGACGAAAAUUUUGAGGCUCUCGCUGAAGGCGUUGGGACUCGGCCCGUUAGGUUGCCGCUGCCCUCUGACACGGAUCUGCCUUUCCAGCCAAGUUAAGGAAGGGGAUUGGAUUGGGACGCAAGAGCACCUGCGACCGUGCGCUGGGCUGGAGCCCAGAGUGUCUGAAGACACGUGGGGUGACGGAUGACCUAGAAGGCCCUGAACAUCAGUUCCGGGGUCCUCCACCAGGCUAGUCUGUGGCCUCAGCUUCCUCUCUGCCUUCUCCAGAGAUCGACGAGGGGGACCAGCAACUUUUUACGCCUGCGAUUUUACAGCGGCUUCCAAGAGUGGCCAAGAUUCUAGCUCACAUGGGCUGGGAUAUCGGGGCGUGAAGGAUACUCAAAAAGGAGACACCCCACAGAAGGCGCACAGGGAAGGAGCCCGGGAAGGGCCGCACACGGCCCAGGGCGCCGUCGGUCCUGAGUGAGAAACGCGGACGUGAAGGAGGAAAGCACAGGGACGCGCUUUCCAAAGCUCGGAAGUGACUUGGGGAAAAGUCUGGGGAACCUUUCCGUCUCGAGCGCUGACCCCGAUGGAAGCCAGCUUCAGUCUGGAAGGCAGCUGAAGAUGCAGACGCCGUGGUAGAGACUGGCGCGGCUGGCCCAGCGGCUGGCCGGCGAGAAAGCGUUUUCGUAAGCGCGGCUGGACAUUCUGCUCAAGGAGCGCGGGGCGCGAGGCGUCACAAGAGAAACACAGGGGCGGCAGCAUGGAGACGCUGGGCACGCCGCUGGGGCCGGGGCGCGAGGGCAGCUCCUCGCCCGGCUCCAAGCAGGAGCUGCAGCCCUACUCGGGCUCCAGCGCCCUGAAGCCCAACCAGGUGGGCGAGACGUCGCUGUACGGCGUGCCCAUCGUGUCGCUGGUGAUCGACGGGCAGGAGCGCCUGUGCCUGGCGCAGAUCUCCAACACCCUGCUCAAGAACUACAGCUACAACGAGAUCCACAACCGCCGCGUGGCCCUGGGCAUCACGUGCGUGCAGUGCACGCCGGUGCAGCUGGAGAUCCUGCGGCGCGCCGGGGCCAUGCCCAUCUCGUCGCGGCGCUGCGGCAUGAUCACCAAACGCGAGGCCGAGCGCCUGUGCAAGUCGUUCCUGGGCGAGCACAAGCCGCCCAAGCUGCCCGAGAACUUCGCCUUCGACGUGGUGCACGAGUGCGCGUGGGGCUCGCGCGGCAGCUUCAUCCCCGCGCGCUACAACAGCUCGCGCGCCAAGUGCAUCAAGUGCGGCUACUGCAGUAUGUACUUCUCGCCCAACAAGUUCAUCUUCCACUCGCACCGCACGCCCGACGCCAAGUACACGCAGCCCGACGCCGCCAACUUCAACUCGUGGCGCCGCCACCUCAAGCUCAGUGACAAGUCGGCCACCGACGAGCUGAGCCACGCGUGGGAGGACGUCAAAGCCAUGUUCAACGGCGGCACGCGCAAGCGGACCUUCUCGCUGCAGGGCGGCGGCGGCGGCGGCGCGGCCAAGGGCGGCGCGGGCUGCGCGGCCGAGGGCGCCCCGGGCCCGCCGCCCCCGAAAAGCCUGCGCUGCGGCGACGACGAGGCUGUGCCGCCCCCCGGGCCGCCCCCGCCGCCCCCGCCGCGCGCCCUGGGCCUGGCGCCGGGCGGCCCCGCGGGGCCCGGGGCGCCGGGCGCCGGCGCGGGGGUGCGCAGUUUCCCCGUGAUCCCGGUGCCCAGCAAGGGCUUCGGCCUCCUGCAGAAGCUGCCCCCGCCGCUCUUCCCGCACCCCUACGGCUUCCCCACGGCCUUCGGCCUCUGCCCCAAGAAGGACGAGCCGCUGCUGGCGGCCGCCGAGCCCAAGGGCGGCCCGGGCGCGGGCGGCGGCGGCGGGGGCGCGGGCGCGGCGGGGGCCCCGGGCGCCGGCCACCUGCCUCCGGGAGCGGGCCCAGGCCCCGGCAGCGGCGGCGGCGCCGUGUUCUGGGGCCCACAGCCCUCCGGCGCGGCCAAGGACGCGGCGGCGGUGGCGGCCGCGGCGGCAGCGGCCAGCGUGUACCCGACGUUCCCCGUGUUCUGGCCGGCAGCGGGCAGCCUUCCGGUGCCGCCCUACCCGGCCGCGCAGAGCCAGGCCAAGGCCGUGGCGGCGGCCGUGGCGGCGGCCGCGGCAGCCGCGGCGGCGGCGGCAGGGGGCGGCGCCGAGCCCCUGGACGGCACCGAGCCUGCCAAGGAGGGCGGCCUGGGCGCGGAGGAGCGCUGCCCCAGCGCGCUGGCCCGCGGGCCCGCCGACGAGGACGGCGCGGACGAGGCGCUGCCGCCCGCGCUGGCGCCGCCGCCCGCCCGCAAAGCCCCCUACGUGUCGGCCUUCCGGCCGGUGGUCAAGGACGCCGAGAGCAUCGCCAAGCUGUACGGCAGCGCGCGGGACGCCUACGGCGCGGGGUCGCGCGGCCCGGGGCCCGGCGCCGCCGGGGGCUAUGCGAGCCCGGACUUUCUGAGCGAGGGCAGCUCGAGCUACCGCUCCGCCUCGCCCGACGUGGACACCGCGGACGAGCCGGAGGUGGACGUGGAGUCCAACCGCUUCCCCGACGACGAGGGCGGCGCAGAGGACGGCGUGGCCGGCGCGGGCUGCCCGGACGGCGAGCUGGCCGCGGGGCCGCCCUCGGGCACCUCCCCGGGCGCGGACGGCCCCGCGGAGCCGGCGGACGGCCCCAGCCCUCGGCCCCGCCGCCGCCCCGGGCCGCCCGCGGCGGCGGACGACGCGGCGCGGAGGGCGGAGAGGAGCCCGCCGGGCGGCGGCUACGAGGCGCGGGAGCCCUGCGCGCCCCCGGGAGGCCCCGCGGUGGCCAAGGUGUACGCUGAGAGGGAUGAGCACAUGAAGAGCGCGGCGGCGGCGCUGGGGCCUGCGGCCUCGUUCCUCUGCGUCCCGGAGGCCCACGAGCCAGAAAAGGAAGACAAUCACUCGACUACAGCGGACGACUUGGAAACCAGGAAAUCCUUUUCAGACCAAAGGAGUGUCUCCCAGCCAAGCCCUGCAAAUACAGAUCGAGGUGAAGAUGGGCUCAGUUUGGAUGUCACAGGAACUCAGAUGGUGGAGAAAGAUAUUGAAAAUCUGGCCAGAGAAGAAUUGCAGAAAUUGCUUCUGGAGCAAAUGGAGCUUCGGAAGAAGCUGGAGCGAGAAUUCCAGAGUCUCAAAGAUAAUUUUCAGGAUCAAAUGAAGAGGGAAUUGGCUUAUCGGGAAGAAAUGGUGCAACAGCUGCAAAUUGUCAGAGAUACCUUGUGUAACGAACUGGACCAGGAGAGGAAGGCCCGCUAUGCCAUCCAGCAGAAAUUAAAAGAAGCUCACGACGCCCUGCACCACUUCUCCUGCAAGAUGCUGACGCCCCGGCACUGCACCGGCAGCUGCUCCUUCAAGCCUCCGCUGCUGCCCUAGCGCCCGCUUGGCCGCGCCCACUCGCCCUCAAGCCAUUCCGCUCCUUUCUGUAAAUACCCGCUGCAGUGGCGGCCGAGAGAGGAACAAGCCAUUGGGACCGGACCCUUGUAAAUACAGCCGCCUGUCCGCCGGGCCCCAUGCGGGCCGGCUCGGUUUCCACUGUAAAUACUGCCUCGCCCCUCCUUUGAACUCCAGGGCAUCAGACCUCAAGGGGUAAACUGGACCUAGCCGGGGAAAGGAAGGGGGAGGGGCGACCUCCCGGCCCCAGUAGGGCCUGGAACCCGGAUUGUGAGUAUACUGUGGCAUCUUCCCCAGCUGCGGCCGCGCACUCCCUGCCCCGCCCACUUCUGAAACUCUCGUCCCUCAGGACAAUGUGGCUAUGUGCAAUGGACAGAAACGGGCUGUGAGUCUCUUGGUUCACAUUAGGUUCACUUUAUGCUGUAAGUUAGUUUACUGCCCCCGGCCCCUUUCCAGUCUUCAUUUUGCAUUCAUUCCUCUUUGGAUUUUGCUUUGUGGUUUUUGUUGUUGUGUGACGUAACAGCACUUUAAAAAGGGACACAACUGACUCACGAGAUGGCAACCAUCUUGAGCCUAUUUGGGGAGACCUGUAUCCGUGACUUUUGUUUUUAAUAAAAGGAAAAAAGCUGUUACUACGUGGGACUGCGGAGCUGGGAGUGGGCCAGGAGGUGGAAGAGGGAGGGGAGGAGCUGAUGGAAGAUACUACUGGAAGUAGGCGUUGGGGUGCAAGUGAGGACCUUGACCACUGCCAAGGUUAGAGUGUUCCCUCAGGAGAUGGACAGGGUUCCUGGACAACUCUACUGACCUACCCGAAGCACACCCAAUUUUCCCCAGAGGCCUCUGGGUUAAAACCUACUUCGCGCUUUAGCUGGGGAAAGGGACAGCUGCCUGGUCCCUUGAACAGCAGGGCCGCUCUUCACCUGUACAGCCGGAAGGUUAAUUUUUGCCUCUUUCAUCUCCUGUGC